AUGGGACAGCAAACAUCAACGCCAAAAAUCACUCUGCAAGAUAGAGCGAUUUUCCAGUUGAAGCAACAACGAGACAAAUUGAAGCAAUAUCAACGGAAGUUGAAUACUAUAAUAGAGCGGCAGAACAAAUUGGCUAAGGAAGCUAUAGUUAAGAAAGAUACUGCGAGGGCGAAGGUUUACUUAAGAUCAAAGAAACAGCAGCAGACCACGAUAACGAAAACAUACGAGCAGCUCGAUAACUUGGAAACGCUAAUCGGUACUAUCGAAUUCAAGUUGAUUGAGAAGGAUGUGAUGUAUGGGUUAGCACAGGGGAAUGAGGUACUAAAGACCUUGAACUCGGAAAUGAGCGUAGACAAGAUAGACAAGGUAUUGGAUGACCUAGAAGAAGAGAGAUUGAAGGUGGACGAAGUACUGGAUAUGCUCGGGAUGGGUUCGGGUUUGAGCAAUGGUGAAGAGCAUGAAGUGGACGAGGAGCUAGCUAAUUUAGAGGCGGAAGUCAACGGUACUAAUAAGGUCGAAACUGGUGCCCUGCAAGAUAUUGACAUGCCUGCCGUGCCUAAUACUAAACCAGAAUCGAAGAUCUCCGGAGAAGAGGAAGGGGAAAAGCCAGUCAAAUCUGAGCCAAACGAGCCAAUAGCUGCAUGA